AUUAAAGUACACAACACUAGAGAGGGAUGAACACUGCAAGGAAAUGAAACUUAAGUGAAAAUAAAUAAAGGAAAAAGAGGAGCUACCACACAGCUUGAAGAGAAGAGUUCACAUCUUUGAAAAAGGUUUAACUGCUGACACAAUCACAAUGGCUAAAAAUAUCUCCUGCCAACAUCGGUACUGUAAAAACCUGGCUGAAGAUUCAGUCACCAUGAGCUGUGGACACACCUUUUGCAAGAGCUGUCUGGAUCAUCAGGUAGACACCAGUGAUCCACAGUGUCCUCUGUGCCUCCAGGCUCUUCAGCGGGUGCAGAUGGCCAACCUGAGUCUCUACACUGGUAAAAGGGGUGAGAUCCCUUGCAACAUCUGUGGGGAAAGCCAGACGUUCAUAGCUGUGAAGUCCUGCUUGACCUGUUUACUCUCAUACUGUGAGCAUCAUCUAAAGCCGCAUCAGUCUAUGGAGAGGCUGAAUGGUCAUAAACUGGUAAAACCAGUGGAGAGAUUGGAUGAGAGAGCAUGCAGUGUCCACAGCAGACCUCUGGAUCUCUACUCUACCCGAGACAAACGCUGCAUCUGUGCCUUAUGUGUGAAACCUGGUGUAGAUGUCAUACCUGUGGAGACAGAGAGACAGAGGAGAGAGGUCGACCGGCAAAAUACUAUUAAAAAGUUGGAAAGCAUGAUCAGUCAGAGAGAAAAGAAACUUGAGAAUCUUCAAAACACAGUGUCAAAAGAUCAGGCUGAGAUAAACAGAGAGCAGACAGAGAUAAGGGAGGUGUUUACAGCAGUGAUGGAUGUUUUGAAGAGAGCUGAGGAGGAGCUGCAUGCUCCUCUAGAGGAUGGAAGAAGGAGUCUGGAUGAGGAGAUGAAAGUGAAGGCGCAGCAGGUUCACAAGGACAUUCAAAAGUAUACAGAAAUCAUCGACCGUUUGAAUCAAACUAAGAAUGAAGAAGACGACAUCAUCUUUCUCCAGUCAUAUCCAUCUGUGCCUACUGAAUUCAGAGAUGAUCUGAGAGUUUCUAUUGACACUGAACUAAACUUUGGCUCCAUGAGAAAUAUAACCACAUCUGUUUUGACUUCUAUUAGGACUCAACUGGAGAAUCUUUGCUCUUUUGAAAUUAGAAGAAUUCAGAGGUUUUUAGUGGAUGUGACUCUGGAUGAAAAAAACACACAUCCAGCUCUGGAAGUGUCUCAAGAUGGCAAAACAGUAAGAGGCAAAGCAAACGCUCAUGACAUUCCGGGCGGCCCAAAGCAAUCUGAUCUGCUGGAUGGAAUCCUGGGAAAUCUUCAGAUCAAGUCUGGAAAAGCAUUUUGGGUAGCGGAGGUGGGACAGAAAAUGGGCUGGGAACUGGGUGUAGUGAGAGAACAUGCAAACAGGAAAGGAAAAAUCUUCUACAAACCCAGUGAGGGUUAUUGGGUCAUUGUGUUCUGUGAUCCAAACACGUAUGGAGCUUUUGAAGAAAAACCCAUUCAGCUGCAUCUCUCCACCAAACCUCAGAAAGUGGGAGUGUUUGUCGACUAUGAGAGCGAUCUCAUCUCCUUCUACAAUAUGGACAAUCUGUCACAUUUGUACACAUUCACUCAGUGUAGAUUCAAUGAAACCAUCCGUCCAUAUUUUAACCCUCAUCCCAACAAAAAUGUCAAAGAUGCAGAUCCAAUGAUCAUUUCUUUUUUUAAUCCAACUGAUAUGUGAGAGGUGUAACAUAUACAGUAAAUACCUA